AUGAUAUUGUAUGUUGCAAAUGGUGGUGUCAUGUGCGGCGUGUCUUUUGAUGAAUUGGACGCGUUUCUUCAGCAGUCGUGCUCAUCGACUUAUAAAAUCGUCGUUCGUCCAAACAAGCCAUAUGUAUUCGUUGAUUUCGGUUCACAGGAUGACGCACAACAUAUUGUCGAACAGUGGCAGGGUCAAACCCCGACUAACUUCCGAAGCAACACAAAAUUAUACUUCCUUUACGUGCAAAAUGUUCCGCCUGGCACGUGUCUGAAUUGGGACGGUCUGAACGAAAGAGGGGUAGUUUUACAUCCAAAAUUCAUAACCGAGGCUGAGGAACAAGCUCUUCUUGAGAUCGUCCUUUCGCCCGAUAGGAAACGUAGCGUGUUGAAGAAUCGGACGGUGAUGCAUUUCGGCUACGAAUUCGUUUACGGAGUGAACAGUGUGAAUCUGGACGCUUCAGCUGUUCCGGAAAUCCCCUAUGAAAUAAAAGUGUUCAUAAACCGCAUUGUGAUGCGUGGAAUCUCUAAUAAACUCGCUGACCAGGUGACAAUCAACAUCUACUCUCCUGGUCAAGGCAUUCCUUUACACGUUGAUUCCGUCUCUUCGUUGGAAGGCGAAAUUUUCAUCAUCAGCCUCGGCUCUGACGUAAACCUCAAUUAA